AUGGGAAAAUACUCAGCGGUAUUGACAAAUCUGGCGGAUGGAAGGAAAAAAACACGAUUUUCCGAAUUUGUUUUUCCGAACAAGCCUGAUUAUCAGGAUGAAUAUUUCAAUGCAGAGGAGUUAUUGGAUGAUGAUUCCGAUGGUCGUCAAAAAAAUUAUGAGAACUUUACGGAGCUUUUUGAAGAGACUGAAUUCGCUUCCGAAAACAAUGAAUGCGAAAAUGAUUCAAGCUCCAAAGAUAUACUCGUCUUUGUCUCGUUUAUCCUUAUGCUCCGGUUAUCGCGAACCCAAGUUAAAAUGGCAAUCGCAAUCGUCGAAUAUUUUCUAAAAUGCUCUCUGCCUUUCACGGCAAAAGAAGUGUCCGAUGAAGUAAACCGCCGACGUAUGAGUCACGCUCCAAAAACUCGGCUUUUUUGUCCAAAUUAUCGAGCUCUUGUGCGAAAUCAGCCGUUCAAGUCUACAUCAUUUUCGCAUCCGGGUCCGCAGAAGAGUCAAAUGCAUUUGAUGAAAUUUCGAAAAAGGAGAAAUACUAGAGGAUUCGGAUCUGUAUGCUUAUUCAUAAUUCGAGGAGGCCAGAGCUACGUGCUCAUAGAAGAAUAUGGAUCAGCAGCUGCUCUAAGACUUGAUUUUUCAAAGUUAGCUCGGAACACGCAACGUUUGGCUAGGUCAAUUAAACUUUUUGCUGACAAUAAUUGUGCUCUCUUAUUGUUAAAUGCACUAACCUAG